CUGCUCAUCGUCUAUCCAAUCGUCCAACCUUCAUCCUCACCACCACCGCCAUCCUCAUCGUUGUUCCUGACUGUUGUUGCCCCAAUUCUCGAUUCAAUCAUUCCAUAGUCGUUAGCCUUCUGAUUUCUCGCUCCCAAUUUUUCUCCUGCCAAGUGUUUACGGGAUCGGACACUGUCGCGCCUCUCUCUGCGCAUUCCGCUGGCAGUCGCGUGUUUUGGUGGCGGUUGCAGGAUCGUGUUUCAUCGGCAUCCCUGGGUUCUUUCCCCGCAAAUAUUUGACGGCCACACUUUUGGACCCUGCUUAUCGCGAUUUGCCCAAACAUCGGCAUCGACCUCGAAUCGCCUUUUCAGACGACUUUUAACGGCCCCCGCUGAAUGUCCACAAUGUACACAUCACAUCGCGGGAUGGUGCCUGCCCAAAACGGUCGCUUGACUGAACUUUUGGAGCAGGUCCGGCAGGAGUUUGCGGAUCAGCAAUCUAGGUCUAGCGACUAUGAGCACAAGAGUACGUUUCCCCUUAUAUCAUCCAUUGGUGCCUAGAUUUAGCGUUGGGCCAUGGUAGCGAUGCGAGUGCUUCAACCUGAUUGAUAUGUUUGCUGACAUCGCUUUAGUUCAACAGCAGAUUCAAGAGAUGGAUCUGGUCAGACAGAGUGUUUUCCAAUUAGAGGCAGCUCAUGGUACCAUGAAACAAAAGUGAGAUUAUGCCACGAUUGUUUGUUAGCUUGAAUUGUUUUCGGGGAUACGUAAAACUCGCCCGGAUGGGAUUCGUGGCUGAUACAUCGUGUUAUAAGGUACGAGGACGAAAUCGCCCGACUUAAUCGAGAAUUGGAUGCGCGCGGUGGUGCCCAUGUUGCACCGCAUGGCUCCCAAAAUGCUGGUCCCUCAGCCCAGCCUCCCCCACCUUCUCUGCCAGCUGGUGCCGGUCUGUUUGUCGGUAUUAUGGCGGGAAAUAACGGACAGGGCGGCCCGGGGCUCGUACCACCACCGCUACAAGAAUCCCACCCGCAGGGACCUCAUCAUUCUAUCCCCCCACCCCCUACCUCCCUUCCCCAACAAGUUCCACCAAGCCAGCCACCUCAGCAGCUACAGCAGCAACAGCAACAGCAACCUGUAUACCCCUCAAGUUCGUUUGUGAAUGGUAAGGGCUGCUCCGCGUCCUCAUUACCUAACGUUCUGCCUCAAUUAUUCGCUUGAAUCCCCCCAAUUAUCCCCUCCCUUAACCAAAAUGGUCUCUUAUAACGGUUUGAUUGCCGUACUGACUUUUGCUGCGGGACUUGUAGGUAGUUACGGGAAUCCGGCACCGCAACCGACAGCUUCUCCUGGGCCUAGUAAGGGCAGACGCCCUGGUGGACCGGGUGGGCCGGCCACUCCGCAGCAGAGCCAGCCGCCAAAUUAUAAUCCAGACCCUCGUGGCUCUCCACAAGUUGCCCGCCCCCGAUCGCCAGCCAGCUGCCUUGGCGAUCUUGAAUACGACAGAGUUCCAGCUAACCAGAAGAAGGAAGGGCCUGAUUGGUUUGCGAUUUUCAAUCCCAAGGUUCCUCGGCUUUUGGAUGUUGAUCUGGUCCAUACGCUUGAGCAUAAUAGCGUGGUGUGUUGUGUAAGGUUUAGUCAGGACGGGAAAUAUGUGGCCACUGGUUGUAACCGAAGCGCUCAAAUUUUUGAUGUUAAAACCGGAGGCAUAGUCUCCCGCUUGCAAGAUGAAACGGUCGAUAGAGAUGGUGACCUGUAUAUUCGGAGUGUCUGCUUUAGUCCCGACGGACGAUACCUCGCUACGGGGGCCGAGGAUAAACAAAUUAGAGUGAGUUUGAGCUUCCACUUUUGAUCAACCUGGUGAGAUGUGAGGAAUAUGUUGCAUUAACCGUUUCUUCGCGAAAUUAUAGGUGUGGGAUAUCCAGAGUCGUACGAUUAAGCAGACUUUCCAGGGCCACGAACAGGAUAUUUACUCCUUGGACUUUGCCCGUAACGGAAGGCAUAUUGCUUCAGGUAGUGGUGAUCGCACCGUCCGGGUGUGGGAUAUUGAAACUGGUCAAAAUGUUCUCACUCUUAGCAUUGAAGAUGGAGUAACUACUGUCGCUAUCUCUCCUGAUGGUCGGUACGUUGCAGCAGGUUCACUCGAUAAAAGCGUUAGGGUCUGGGAUGCGCACACCGGCUUCCUGGUUGAGAGGCUCGAAGGUGCCGAAGGUCACAAGGACAGUGUGUAUAGUGUUGCCUUCGCUCCCAACGGAAGAGAUCUGGUGUCUGGCUCUCUUGAUAAGACGAUCAAGAUGUGGGAGUUGUCGGCGGCGAGAGGCCUUAUGCCGGGUGGAGGCACUAGCCGUGGCAAAUGCGUAAAGACCUUUGAAGGACAUAAGGUUAGUCUCGGGACUGUAUUGGCAGGCGCUUCCCCCCGAUUUAGGGGUGGCCGCGUGAUUGGAAGAAUGCCCGACCCGGAGUUAUGAGCUGACCUGGCAUUACAUAGGACUUUGUUCUUAGCGUCGCCCUGACACCUGAUGGAAAUUGGGUGUUGAGCGGGUCAAAGGAUCGUGGUGUGCAGUUCUGGGAUCCUCGGACUGCGAGUGCACAGCUCAUGCUACAAGGUCACAAAAAUUCAGGUAUGAUAUGUCCUGGGUUUUCAACAUUACUCUGGCAGGCCCCCUCUGAAAUGCUAUCCCGGAGCACGGGACAGGAGGGGCGGUUAGGGCUGAUUUCCUUUCUAUGAUAUUUUAUUUUCGUGGGGUUUGUGGCUGAUCACGUUUCCAUUUGUCGAUGGAACAGUAAUCUCUGUCGCUCCAAGUCCCUCGGGUGGUCUUUUUGCAACUGGUAGUGGUGAUAUGCGGGCGCGGAUCUGGAGGUUAGUUUAUUUCUUCCCCUUACAAACUAUUUUGCAGCGUUUUUUUUUCUUUUCGGUCUGGGCUUUGCCUGUUCUUAUUUUAUUCAUUCCAAACUUCUCUUUCCGUUUAUUUUACCCCACAUAACUGGGGGUAUGAGAAUGCCCCCACGAACUGGAUUCAUACUGCUUCGAGGGGUGGCAUGAAAAUUUUUCCUGGUAAAACUGCUAACGUGAGAGACAAUGGUUGCAGCUACGAGCCAUAUCACCAUCAACCUAAUCCCCUAUAAACUCGGGCGUGGGUAUUGGUGUAUGGACGGUUGCGGAAGUUGGAGAUGGAUUAUACUGUAUGCCCUGAAGAGUUGUCACCAUUGCAAAGGUUGAACGGACCAAAACUGAAACCACUCUUAACGGGUCUGUUAGUUUUGGGGGUGGUGGGUUCUCGGUAUAUUUUCAAAGGGGUUUCUUUCACUCAGGGUUCUCAAAUGUUGUAGGUAUCUGUAUUUUUGGUUUGAUUUUGUUUCUGUACUUCUGUUUUCACUUUCUGCUUCACUUUUUCUUGCUUUUUUCUUAGCGUGUGUAGUGGUGUAUGACGGGUGCGGGGAUGUUGUAGGGAGGAUGUUGAUGAAGCUAUCAUUUUCAGCAAUCUCGGGAACCAUGGGAUGAGCCGCAUUCUGCGAGGCGGCUAGACGGAGAAGGCGCAAAUUCUGUGUUAAUGAGAGGAUGAAGUGUUUGGUGUGAAUGGAUUCGAGUAGCCACUGUUAGGCUCUG